CCAACAGAUGUCACGAUGGCACUGGCCAAGUUGCAUGCUUUUCGCUUGUGGCGUUUGAACAGAAUCAGAAUUCCGCUGAGUUCAGUGCUGACUGAUCGUUUUAUUAAUUUCGUAAGUCCAUUAAGCAGUGAACAUUCGAGAUUGAACAUGUCUUAUACUACCCUGGAGCGUGGUGCACCGAAUACCACAGAUUUCAGAAUAUACUUCAAAAAAGAUGACACGUUCAUUUCUCCGAUGCACGACAUUCCUCUCUACGCCGAUGAGGCGAACAAGGUAUUCCACAUGGUUGUGGAGGUACCACGAUGGACAAAUGCAAAAAUGGAAAUUAAUCUGAAAGAGACUCUCAAUCCUAUUAAACAAGAUAUGAAAAAUGGAAAGCUACGUUUUGUUGCCAACUGUUUCCCUCACCACGGCUACAUCUGGAAUUAUGGUGCUUUACCGCAGACGUGGGAAAACCCCGAAAUUUUGGAUGAAGCAACUGGUUUCAAAGGAGACAAUGACCCCAUUGAUGUCCUUGAGAUUGGCUACAGGAUUGCAAAACGAGGGGAAGUUCUCAAGGUUAAAGUUUUGGGAACUGUGGCUCUGAUCGAUGAAGGUGAAACCGACUGGAAGAUCAUUGUGAUUGACGUCAACGAUCCUCUUGCUGACCAGAUGAACGAUAUUUCUGACAUCGAGAAACACUACCCCGGCCUUCUGAAGGCGACAGUCGAGUGGUUCAAGAUCUAUAAAAUUCCUGACGGAAAACCCGAGAAUCAAUUCGCGUUCAAUGGUGACGCGAAGCCACGUGAUUUUGCGCUGAAUAUCGUUGGCGAGGUACAUGAGCACUGGAAGAAUCUCAUCAAGCGGGAAACCCCACCCACUGGAAUUUCCUGUGCUAAUGGUACGGUCCAGGACUGCAAGUUCAAAAUCGAUGCUGCUGCCGCUGAGGAAGUCUACAAGCAGUCACCAGAAUGUGCUGAAGGCUCUCCCAUCGAUCCAAUAGUCGAUAAAUGGCACUACGUGCACCUCAAAUGAAGCCAAGGCCCACUCAAGGCUGUGAGAGAUGGACAAAUGGGUUCGAAGCUAUGAAUUUUCUUUUCAUAAUAUUCCACAGUGGGUACAGCAACCAAUAUUCCUCCAAUUGUUUCUACAUUCUUUCUCCUCUUUCAAGGACUGCAGCUUUAUCAAUUUUUAUUAUCUCGCAUUACAUAUCGAUAGAUAAUUUCGAAAGAUAUCGAGGAAAACGGAUCCAGUGAAAUUGCACAAUAGAUCCUGAUCCCAUACAGGUUAAGAAGCAUGAUUGUCCAUUACUCCUGAAGGUUGUAUAGCAAAUAAAAGGACUUUUAUAGUUA